AUGCUCACCCGAUCACCCGUCGUGAUUCUCUCGACCUUUUAUAUCUCCACGGCCUACGUGUACCUAUACUUCCUCCUCACGACCUUCCCCACCUUCUUCGGCGAGCGCUACGGCUUCAGCGAAGGCCAGAUUGGCCUUACCUAUCUCGGCCCUGGGAUUGGCCUCAUUGCCGGCCAGCUCAUUUUCGGCCACCUUCUCGACCGCCACUUCGAGAAACAGCGUAAUAUCCCAGAGGAUAGACUGAAGAUUCUCCUCCCGGGGAACCUCCUUAUGGUUGUAGGCCUGUUCUGGUAUGGCUGGACAGCGCAAGCGCACACGCACUGGGCCCUGCCACUGGCGGGGACCGCUGUUAUCUGCCUAGGUGUCUUCUGCGUGGGUAUUUCUACCCAGAGUUACUUGACUGACGCAUUUGAACUGUUUGCAGCGAGUGCUCUCGCGGCGAAUACCAUUGUCCGGUCUCUGCUUGGCGCGGUGUUGCCUCUUUGUGCGCCGGCGCUGUAUGGGCGUUUGGGGUAUGGGUGGGGGAAUAGUCUUCUAGGGUUUAUAGUGCUGGUUUUUAUCCCUGCUACGGUCUUGCUUAUCCGGUUUGGGGAGAGGAUGAGGCUGGAUGCACGGUUUCAAAUUUAUUAG